AUGGAUACAAAUGGUACACACGUUGAGAAUCCUAUUUUAGUCGGAAAUACUAAAUCUAACGGGUUUGUCGAAUCUUCCUCUUCGGAGAGUAGUAUUGACCUUGCUCGCGAACCGUUGCAACCGAAAAAUAUUAGAUGGUUUUACAAGACCGACUCGAAUUCCAAAAGAUGGACCAAGUUCGAUGGGUCCGACUCGUUGGGCAUAGAAAACAGAUACCGAGCCAACUUUUGUAACGAUGAACCUAAAGUGCAAUUUUUCAUUAACAAAUUCACAGUCGUGGUUAGGGGUGGUCUUUACGAAGCAGAUUUGCGUACGAUGAAAUGUACUUCAAUUUUCUGGCCAGGAGAAGAGACGGAAAUUUUGAGAGGCACGUGGUUUUAUGAUGACUAUCAGCCUCACGAACACGGCAACGAAAUAGAAGACAUGCAUUUAAGAUUGUUCAACCAUAGAAUUAUAAAUUUAAAUCCCGACGAUACAAAAAUAUCAGUUAUCCAUACUGAAGAGUUCAGAGAUUCGAAUGUGGUAUGGUAUUCAUCAGAUGAAGUGUUUUCGUUUAGCAAAAAAACACGAACGAAAAUCAUGAGAAGUGUUACCCAAAAAUUAGGAUCAUAUUUUCAAAGAUCCGCAGGAGCCAAAUUAAACAGAUCGUACAAGACCGAAGCUACUGACGACGAUAAACUAAAUGACAUAACCCAUCUUAUAUUUAUGGUACACGGAAUCGGUCAUAAAAUGGAUAACAUGAAAAUUAUAAAAAAUACAUCACAAUUUAGAGAAUGCGUGAAAUGGAUAAAACAAAAAUAUUUUCAAGGUUCGCAGCAAAGAGCGGAAUUUUUCCCAGUCGACUGGAGAUCGACGUGUAAUUUCGACGGAGGUCUGGUCGAAACGAUAACACCUUUGAAUCUCAAGAACAUACGCCAGUUACUUAACUCUUCAGCAAUGGAUAUCAUGUAUUACACGUCGUCGGUAUACGGGCAGGAAAUACAAAACAGUUUGGCUCAAGAACUGAAUCGGUUACAUUCCAAAUUUGUGGAACGCCAUCCCCAACACGAUAUCAAAGUUUCCAUUAUGGCGCAUUCUUUAGGCAGUGUCAUCACGUACGAUAUCAUAACCGGAUGGGAACCGUUUAAAAGGAAUUACCAAAGCCCGAAAAUUCAUUUGAACUUCGAACUCGAGAACUUUUUCUGUCUGGGAUCGCCACUGGCUGUGUUUUUAGCAUUAAGGGAAACUAAAGAUUUUCACGACAACGAAAAUAUCUUUCCCCUGUGGUUGGCUAAGCGCGUAUACAAUAUUUAUCAUCCGACGGAUCCCGUUGCGUACAGGUUUGAACCGUUGGUGGUAAAAGAUUAUAGUCGCAUAAAACCGGUCGGCAUUCAAGCGUAUGGUGUUAAGACGGAUUACGGGAAAUCGACUUUAGAACCAAUAAGUGAUAACAACAUCGAUCCAGUCGUCGACGAUACUGCUAAUGGUGCCGAGACGAAACCACCGGACGGAAGGAAAAGCGGUGAAGCGUUUAAGAAAUUCGGUAUGUGGUUCAAGUCUGCAAGUACAGAGAGUAAACCGAAUCUCAACGAGUCGGGCAACGGAACUGCAAUACAUUCGAAAGGCGGCGCCCUUCCCGUAGAAACGCUGAAUCCUAGAUUGGAUUACGUUUUGAGAGACAGCAUCGGAGGCUCGGCCAGCAAUUACCUCUCCAUGUUGUAUACACAUACAUCCUACUGGUCAAACUACGAUGUGGCCUAUUUUGUGUACACGCGGUUGUUUCCGGAAUCCGAAAAGACAAUGGACGCUCAAGCGGAAGCGCUCAACAUGUCCAUCAAUUUCGACAAUCUACCCGAACCCGAAACAUGUAACAAAAUUCUAUUGACUAAAAAUUAA